AUGGGCAACGUGGUGGAGGGUAAGUCUGUGGAGGAGCUGAGCAGCACCGAGUGCCACCAGUGGUAUAAGAAGUUCAUGACCGAGUGCCCUUCUGGCCAGCUCACCCUCUAUGAAUUCCGCCAGUUCUUCGGCCUCAAGAACCUGAGCCCCUGGGCCAGCAAGUACGUGGAGCAGAUGUUCGAGACCUUUGACUUCAACAAGGAUGGCUACAUUGACUUCAUGGAGUACGUGGCGGCGCUCAGCCUCGUUCUCAAGGGGAAGGUGGAACAGAAGUUGCGCUGGUACUUCAAGCUCUACGACGUCGACGGCAACGGGUGCAUCGACAGGGACGAGCUGCUCACCAUCAUCCAGGCCAUCCGAACUAUUAACCCCUGGAGCGACUCGACCAUGAGUGCGGAGGAGUUCACAGAUACCGUGUUCACCAAGAUUGACGUCAAUGGGGAUGGGGAACUCUCCCUAGAGGAGUUCAUGGAGGGCGUCCAGAAGGACCAGGAGCUCCUGGACACACUGACACGAAGCCUGGACCUUACCGGCAUUGUGCGCAGGCUCCAGACCGGCGAGCCGGAUGAGGAGGGGCCUGGCCCGGAGACCUCCAAGGCCGCCGGCUGA